UAAACAUUAAAAUAAAUAAAUAUUCUUUUAUCAGUUGAUUUUAUGACUCGAAUAUUCACUCAAACAGCAGCGACACUCAUGAAACUCAUAAUCAGUACUCAAUCACCCUUCAAAUAAUCAACAUUGCUUAAAAAUGAAAAAGAUUGUCAUUUUAGGUGGUGGUGUCAACGGAUUAUCUUCAGCUGUAAAAAUCGCUGAACAUUUUCAUCGACAAGAUGUGCAAGUGACAUUGAUAUCUGAAGAUGUCAGUCCAAAUACAACUGGUGACGUUUCAGCUGGAUAUUGGACGCCUUUUCUUGUUGAAGGCACAUCUGAUGAGAAAAUUACGAAAUGGUCGAAAAGUUCGUAUGAUUUCUUCCAUCAACUUUGGUUGAAUGGCCUAGCAGAAGAAUGUGGAAUUUCAAUGAUUCCAACUUAUCGCUUAACAUCAGAUCCGGAAGGUGAAGAAGCUCCUUUAUGGAAAGAUGUCGUGUUUGGCUUCACAAAAUUAAAUUCUGAUGAAACUGCAAGACUUUCACGUGAACAUAAUCAAACUUACACUGAAGGCUUUCACUACAUAACAUUUUGCUGUGAACCUACAAAGUUUCUUCCUUACCUUAUGAAAAGAUUUCUCGCAGCUGGCGGACGAUUUAUAAAGCAAAAGAUCAAUAACAUUGAUGAAGUUUCUGAAUUUGAUUUGAUUGUUAACUGCACUGGAUUGGGAAGUAAAGAAGUAACGAAUGAUAUGAAAUGCUUUGCAAUUCGAGGUCAAGUAGCACGAAUAAAAGCUCCAUGGAUUUAUUGUAUUUUCAAUCACACUGAUGAUGAUGGAAACUACAUUAUUCCCAACACAAACGACGUCAUUUUAGGUGGAACACAUCAAGUCAACGAUUACAGCUUAGAAAUUUCUAAAGCUGACUCAGCUUUUAUUUUUAACGGCUGUAAAAAAAUUAUUCCAAGCAUUGAGAAUGCAGAAGUCAUAAAAGAAAUGGUUGGUUUACGACCAGGACGAAAAGAGAUUCGUUUAGAGACAGAACUUCGCCGUCGAAACGCUCCCAUUAUUCAUAAUGUCGGACAUGGUGGAAGUGGAGUGACACUUUGUUGGGGAUGUUCUGACGAUGUUCUUCAACUGACGAUUGAACUCUUUAAAAAAGCGAAACUUUAAAACGAGCGAAUUUUUCUUAUCAUUUUUCCAUAGAAAUUUCUUCAAUGAUCUUCAGGCUGAACUUGAAAAAUAUUGUAAACAAUUUCAUGGUGAUUUGUUGCUUCCAAUUUCUAUAUAAAUCGAUUGAAUUUCUAAUUCCGCUUUAGUUUGAUUGUGAAAUUAAUUCAGUGAUAAUUAAAAAAGACUAGAAAUGAAGUUAAUAUUGCGGUUUUUAGUUGUUUUUCUCGUGUUCGAAUUGUCUUGG